AUGGACGCCAUACUGAGAGCAAUCGGGUCAGGCCCAAACCCAGAUGAUUACAUGGGCCUGGACUUCUGGUCCAGCCCAGAACGCGUGGGCUGGCUAACCAAACAAGGUGAGUACAUCAAAACUUGGAGACGUCGGUGGUUCGUUCUGAAACAAGGGAAGUUACUAUGGUUCAAAGACUCCACCGUCACCCGCACCUCCGUACCACGUGGCGUUAUCCAAGUGGGCCGUUGUUUAACUGUUAAAGGUGCUGAGGAUACUCUAAAUAAACCCUUCUCGUUUGAGAUCGCAACUUAUGAUGGUUGUACUAUGUACUUUAUUGCUGAUUCUGAUAAAGAAAAAGAAGAAUGGAUUAAUUCUAUUGGUCGUUGUAUUGUUCAACAAUCUAGAUCUCUUACUCAUUCUGAGGUCGUUGACUAUGAUUCUCGUUCUUGA